UUUGCCACCUACCGGUUCAAAACGAAAUCCUGUUUGAUUUUAUAUGAAGUUGUCUGUGUGUCUGAGUUUCAGCCACAACUGUGAGAGACCACCAGCACUCUGCAGCUUUCAUCAAAAGCAGGAGACGUGGAAGUUGCACAGCAACACUGGCUAUCCUUAUGAAGAGGCGUUUUAAAUCACUGGGGAGGAAUCUAAAGGAUUUAUAAAUCUGUAUGUAUCCUGACAAACUUUAUUUUACAUUUGUUUUAAAUCGGUAAUUCUUAGAAAACGCGUUUUAUAGAGAUUUUUUCAUAUUUAAAUUAAUAUGCCUAGCUUCUUUUAAAUAGAUUCGUUGUGAAUACUUUUAAAAAAAGAAACAGGUUGUAGCUCUGAUUGCUGCCUUAGUUAGAUUACAAUACAGUAUGAGAAAAAAGUGACGCUAUGAAUUUUACAGAAUUCUACCUCCGAUUUGGACACUUGUUUCCUGAGAACCUUUCCUUUUUCAACAAUUUUAGUUUUCGGCACUCGAUUCCUUUCACGGACAAUGUGCUUUUUUCGGGACGUGAGCCCAGCACCAUCAUAUUGGUGAUCAUGUACUCGCUGUCCUUUAUUAUCGGGCUGGUGAGCAACAUUAUGGCACUGAGGGUCCUCACGCGCAAGAGAAGGAACCAGCUAGCGGGAGCCUCUGCCACCAGAAGCCUCCUAAUUAACCUAGCCGUCUGUGACAUGAUGGUGGUGUGCAUCUGCAUGCCUGUUAACCUCGGACACCAGGUCUACAAUGCGUGGAUCUUUGGGGACUUUUUGUGUAGGGCUGUCCCCUUUGUCCAAGCGGUGUCUGUCUCUGCCAGUGUCCUUAGCCUCGCAGUCAUCAGCUUGAACAGGUACUACAGCGUUCACAAUCCUCUGAACGCCAGGUCCUUCUUUACGUGGAGGAAGAUCUUUUGGAUGAUUUGCGUGGUCUGGGUUUUGUCCUCGUGGCUUUGCAUGCCGCUGAUCUUCAUGAACAAAACCAAGAACCUCGUUCUGCUGGACGGACAGCAGGUAAUAACGGUGUGCAUGGAAACCUGGCCCCAUGUCAAACUCAGGCAAGCUUAUAACUUUCUGCUCUUCUGCUCCCUGUACGGCUUUCCCGUUCUUUUCAACCUCGUCAUUUGCUUUCUCACUGGGCGCAAGCUGUGGAGCACCGAGGACAAGUUUAAAGAUUACACGUGCAAUUUAGCAGCGUCCGGGUCGCGGCUGAAAGUGCGCAAGAAAAUAGCGAAGAUGGUGGUGGCUUUGGUAAUUCUGUUUACGCUCUCCUGGUUGCCUCUGUACGUGGUGGACAUUUGGAUCGAUUUUAAUAUGCCCAAUGCCUGUGCUGAGGAAGAGGACCUCGAUCAUGUUCAGCACGAAUCGAUUCUGCAAGCGAGACCCUUUGCACAGUGGCUGGGGCUAACGAAUUCUGCGCUCAAUCCUGUGUGCUACUGCUUUAUGGGGAACUUAUACAGAUCCGCCAAGAAGUUCAGAAAGAGCUACAGGAAAAUGUUCUCUUCCGUGUUUAGCUUGCCAUUGGCCCAGACCCCACCCAUCAACUCUGUCCCGAGGUUGUUGUCUUACAGGGCUUCAAAUGAGAAUUCACACCAGGAGAUCUGCGGCUGGAGAGACUUUGCCUUUAACGAGCAUCUCACUAAAAACAAGAGUGUCUCCGCUGUCACUGUGUGUGAAACGAUAUUCGACUGAAUAAAGCUGUCUAUACUGCAUGAUGUACGGUACAUGUAUUUUUGUAAACUACUUAUAAUAAAUUUGAGUUUACACUGUUGCUGUUUGGCUUUUAUUCUAAUAUAGAGGGAGGAGGGAUACUGUUAGUAUUAAGAAAAAUUCUUUGUCUGUAUAUUUGAGUUGGUUAUGCCAUGUAUGUGCUUUGGCAACACAAUUAUUUUUAUUGUCAUGCCAAUAAAGCCAAUUUGAAUUUGAAUUUGAGAGAGAGAGAGAGAGAGAG